UCCAUUUCAACACAAUCGCUUCCCUUUCAUCCUCUCAUUCAUUUUCCUUAGAGCAAAAGAUUUUUUAUGGGCUUUCUUUCAACUUCGUCCUCUUCUUUCACUGCUUUUAAAUGGCUUGGCUUUGUCACCGCCGUUUGGGUUCAAGCCAUUUCAGGCAACAAUUACACUUUCUCUAACUAUUCUGAUGCUCUCAAGACUCUUAUGAACUUGACUCAACUCGAGCUUAACAAUUUAUCCGUUGCUAAAGAUGUUGGUAAAGCCUUUGGCCUCCUUGCUGGUCUUGCCUCUGACCGCUUGUCUACUCCGGUGAUUCUUCUUAUUGGCUCAAUUGAAGGUCUUAUUGGUUACGGUGCUCAAUGGCUUGUUGUUAGUGGGCGAAUUCAACCACUUCCUUACUGGCAGAUGUGCAUAUUCCUCUGUUUGGGAGGCAACAGUACUACAUGGAUGAACACGGCGGUUCUAGUAACUUGCAUCCGCAACUUCCGGCGAAACAGAGGUCCUGUCUCUGGCAUCUUGAAGGGUUAUGUUGGACUGAGCACUGCCAUCUUUACCGACCUCUGCUCUGCUCUUUACUCGGACAACCCUUCAAGCUUCCUCCUCAUGCUCGCAAUUAUACCCUUUGCCGUCUGUCUCGCUGCCAUCAUCUUCCUCCGUGAGAUCCCUCCGGCUGCCACCUCCGAAGAAGAAAAACAAGAGUUCAAAUAUUUCUCUGUCUUCAACGUUGUGGCCGUUAUUGUUGCAGUUUAUUUGUUAGCAUAUGGCUUCAUCAGUAAUCCUAGCCAUGUUCUUUCUUUAGUGUUUUCAGUUAUAUUGCUAGUUCUUCUAGCUUCUCCAUUAGCAGUUCCAGUUUAUGUUUUUGUGAAAAGCUGGAAUCUGAACCGCUUGAAGAAAAAAGCAGAUGAUGUUGAAGAACAGAUGGAUGAGCCAUUGUUGAAUGGAGAAAACGAGCGAGAAAUUCAACAAAAACCGGCAGAGGAGGAUGCCACGGCGGCAGUGUCAGUGGUUGCUCAACCACCGGCGGAAGUAGUGCAGAUAAAGAGGAAGCCGGUGAUCGGCGAAGAUCACACGAUUUUCGAAGCGAUGGUGAAGUUGGACUUCUGGAUUUUGUUUGUUUCAUUUCUCUGUGGAGUGGGUACGGGUUUGGCUGUGAUGAACAACAUGGGACAGAUUGGUUUGGCUCUUGGAUACGCUGACAUCUCUAUUUUCGUCUCUCUUACGAGCAUUUGGGGAUUUUUUGGAAGGAUUGCUUCGGGUUCUGUCUCAGAGUUCUUCAUCAAGAAAGCUGGAACACCAAGGCCUCUCUGGAACGCAGCAUCUCAAAUUUUAAUGGCUGUUGGGUAUAUCCUCAUGGCCAUGGCAAUGCCUGGUUCUCUAUACAUUGGUUCGAUUGUUGUUGGAAUCUGCUACGGCGUUCGUCUGGCUGUCACAGUUCCAACUGCGUCUGAGUUGUUUGGUCUGAAGUAUUAUGGUCUAAUUUACAACAUCUUAAUCCUCAACCUACCACUUGGUUCCCUUCUCUUCUCUGGUCUGCUUGCUGGACUUCUAUAUGAUGCAGAAGCUACCCCAACGCCAGGAGGUGGCAACACUUGUGUAGGUGCCCAUUGCUAUAGGAUUGUGUUCGUUGUUAUGGCGAUUGCAUGCGUCAUUGGAUUCGGUUUGGAUGUUCUGUUGGCAAUUAGAACAAAGAAGCUCUAUUCUAAGAUACAGACGAGCAAGAGAUCAAAGAAAAUUGCUGCAGCAUCUAACAACCAAUGACAUUGAAUCCAAAGUAGGGGGUAAGUGAAUGAGACAAUUAAGGGUUGAAGAGCUUCUGCUCAAUGAUAUCCUGAGUUGGCCUUAUUUUUUUCACCUCAGAACUGAGUUGGAGAAUAAAACAUUAUUUUAUGUAUUCUGAUUUGUUCCCCACAUCAUCGCCACUACCAUCAGUUGAUUUGAUUUUGUUGAAUUAGAUGUAAUGUAACCGGUCGUCUGAGCUAGCAUACGCCUUAACUAUUGUAGUAAAACAAGUAUUAUAUAUGCAUCUGCAAUUUUCCUUUCCUAAAGGGGAAAAGAUUUUGGUUUUGAUAUGAACAGUUAUGCUUUCAUUGUUGAGA